UUUAUCCGCAGAUUCUUGACAAAAUUCCAGACUUCUUCCAUUGGACAGCGGCCGCCAUGCCAAACAACCUGUAAAUACGCGUUACACAGUUAGAGCUGGAAAAUGACAGGUGGCAGUACCUGUGAACGGCUCUACUCGAGAAGUAGUCGUCUACUGGGGAAUAAAUCUCUAUUUAUCCCUCCGAUAUAAUAGACAUAGCCAUCAAUUUUUACGAUCAUCCCAGAAAUCCCCGAAGUCUGGCCGUAGACUAUGGUAUGGAGACGGAAUGGUGGCCUCGACGCCCUAGUUCGCCGUCCAGUACCUACCAGGUGGAAUCGGUUCAUUACUUCUCCUAUAUCUUUCCUUGCAAGCCUCAUUUACGAAUGGAGAUCCUCGAUUCCUACUCGACCAAUAGCCACGAUAUCAGAUAAAGCCAUCACUGUCGUGUGCAUCUCUGACACCCAUAUGACUAGGCCGCAUAUACCCGAUGGCGAUAUUCUGCUACACUCCGGGGACCUCACCCAGUCUGGCUCACAAGACGAGCUCCAGCAAGUUCUUGACUGGCUGAAUACAUUACCACAUCAGCACAAGGUUAUAAUAGCUGGAAACCAUGAUUGUUGUCUUGAUCCCUCAUUCAAAACGAGCAAGGCAUUCUCACAUUCAGGGGCGCCGCAGAAGUCUAUUGAUUGGGGAAGCAUCAUUUAUCUCCAGAACACUAGCGUUACCCUGGACUUCUGUGGGCACAAUAUAAACGUCUUUGGGAGUCCUGUCAGUCCCAAACAUGGAAACUGGGCUUUUCAGUACCCGCGGAAGGAGAAUGUAUGGGAGGGCAUUAUACCUCCAAACACCGAUAUUUUGCUAACUCACACGCCUCCACACUCGCACCUAGAUCUUUCCUUUGGCUGCAAAUUCCUCCUCCAGGAACUAUGGAGAUUGAAACGCCGACCAAUUCUUCAUGUUUUUGGUCAUAUACAUGGGGGCUACGGUCAGCAUAUGGCAUAUUUUGACAAGUUCCAAUCGAUAUAUGAGAGUAUCAUAAAAGGAGAUGCAAGCAUUAUCAGCUUGUUGUUUUUGAUAUAUGAAGCUAUGAAAGUUUUACUCUGGAGAGCUCCAACCCCAGGCAUCUGUAUGGUGAAUGCUUCUAUGGUUGGGGGCGUUAGAGAUGAACUGGCGAGAGAUGCAACAGUUCUACACAUUUAGUUUGAUCGGGCUGAAUCUAUUCCAACGUGUAUCAAAGUGCGUAUUAUACACCUCAUAUCCACCUCAACGAUGAGGCGUCUAAUCAAGACUUAAAAGGGCCCUGCAAUCCAUUGGUUCCUUGAAGGGACACAUUAAUCUGAUUACCCAUGUAUAAUGCGAAGUGCUACUUUACCAGUUCUACUGUCAACUACUACCCUGCACAUUCUUUUUUUCCUUUGGGCGGAACCUUGCAUCGGAGAUCUGUGGUCACUCAAUACCUAACACUAUUAUGUGCAACCCCAUAGAUAGGGGCUCAGAUAUGUUGUCUUACUCUAUUAUCCUGUCUAAUAAUAAAGCAGGAUCGCCCAGUAUCGCUGAGCCGUGGGUGCUGGACAAUCGGCUAGCAAAUCUGUAGCCGGGUUGAAAAUAUAUCAUCAAGCCAUACCCACCAUCCGUAACGUUACAACGGGCACAUUCUUCAAAUUGCUUAACGCCAUGUUGCAAGUCAUCUGUGCCGAAUCGAAACCAAGCACCGGUUGUUGCCGUGGUAGUCCAAUUAUUCUGUUUAAAAGCGGGAAUUCGCCUUAUGAUGUGGACUCCAAUACCAGUGUCACACGAGCCACAAGGGCACUUUUCUAAGCCGUUCUUCAGCGUACUUGAACAAAGACAUCAUAUCUUCAAAAUAAUAGUUAAACUACCAUACUACUCCAUCAUGCCAAAAUAAAUAUGGCAUCAACAAGCAAGGCGUUUCAAGAAAGCGAUGUGGGUUUUUAUUGAGCCCCUGGAUUUGAGAGAGUCUAUACUCCCGGAUAUAUCCCUUUGUUUCAGAGAUAUAUCGAAUUUCGUCUGAUGGAGCCAGAGCGGCGAAGAUGUGCGACUCACCUGGCGCUGUGGAUUACAUUUGAAGCUUAUUCAAUUUACCCCUGUUCCCCAAGGCACGAUCACAGCAAAGCAAACCCUUCUACAUGGCUUUCGGAGCACUGCAAUACCUUAUGCAACCAGCGUCAUCAGCGCAACGCAGUUGCUUUUUGGAAAACAAGUUACUUUGGAAUAAAUAACCCUAACAACACCCUACAUAGGAUACCCUGAGAUUCAAUCUGCAAUGAUAGAUAACUAGUUACCAGGGGCAAAUGCCAUCACCUCUCAACUUCUGCUUUUAUCAAUCCAGGGAUUACGUAUACUGGAUCCAGUACCAUAAAUGGAGUCCAACGCAGCUGUGAUACAUAUCUAGCCUUGGUAACCACACGGUUAUAUUGAGGUAAUGAUAGAGUGUUUUUAUCUGGUCGCACUUCGGCCACAGCCAGCAUGUCAGUGAAAGGGGCUGUACUUAUGUCUUUAACGGAUCUAGGAUGCUGCCAUACCACUCCUUUCUCAGUACCCGGGAUCAAAGAGUGAAAUAAAACGGGACUCUUUGUGUCUGCCAUGCUUUUAUAAAUAGUUACUUUUGCCCCGGCCAGCCAACGGGAUACAUCUUAGGCUGUUACAUCCACGACUCGUUCGAUUAUUUUUAAACAGCUUUUCCAAUCGGUUCUUGCAGAAUACGAUGGGAGGGUUCUACUCACCAUCUAGUCUUACCAUAAGGCGCCUUACCUCCUUUUCCUUGUGGCUAUCUGUACUAUACCUCUGCCAUGCAGCGUCAGCACUCAAGCUACGGCCUCGUCCUGGGUCCAAUUCAACACGCCUAGCUCAUCCAAUAUCAAGAAUCACAAACCUGUAUGGGUGUCAGGGAAACGAAGAUAAAGUCCACCAUGCUCUCCUUGGGAUCACAAUCGGGGUACGCCAAGCAAGAAAUCUUUAAGUUGAUAUCAACAGUUCAAUGCAUAACGGCAAGGGAUUAACAUGGACGAAUAGCUCAGCAAUGCCCGUUAUCGAUUGACAAGACUACAGAGAGUCUUAGAAAAAAACCCAGUCAGAGAAACCAUCCUGAGCGGCAUAGAUCGCUCAACAUUAUACACCUUUGAGAGUCUCUAUGGGACCUCUUAUCUUCUAAAUACUCCGGGAGGCUACAUUGGCAGAACUCGGAUGGAACAUGUCAUAGGUUUGGCAGCGUGAACCCCUUGCUCCCGCUAAAUCAGUGAUUUUCUGAGCUGAGCAAAUCAAACAAAAACCUCUGCUUUCUAGCUAUGAUGGACCGACUGAUUGAACACAUACCCGACUCGGGCUUUGAUAUAUGGUGUGACGACAGCUUUCUGUCCCUGACAGCGCCCCCCGAUGCACCACUA